CACCCCACUGACCUGCUGCUGCUACCUACCAGAAUGAAUGUGGGUGUGGCGCACAGUGAGGUGAACCCUAACACUCGGGUGAUGAACAGUCGGGGGAUCUGGCUGACCUAUGCACUUGGUGUUGGAAUACUUCACAUUGUGCUCUUGAGCAUUCCCUUCUUCAGUGUGCCGGUGGUGUGGACUCUCACUAAUGUCAUUCACAACUUUGGAAUGUAUGUGUUCAUGCAUGCGGUGAAAGGCACACCCUUCGAGACCCCAGACCAAGGAAAAGCAAGACUUCUUACACAUUGGGAGCAGCUGGACUACGGCGUGCAGUUCACUUCCUCUAGAAAGUUCUUCACCAUCUCCCCGAUCAUUCUAUACUUCCUGGCAAGUUUCUACACAAAGUACGACACAACACACUUCGUCAUAAACACUGCCUCACUCUUGAGCGUCCUGAUUCCCAAGCUGCCGCAGCUACACGGAGUGAGGAUCUUCGGCAUCAACAAGUAUUAAGACAUUGUAAAUGCUGUGCCUCAUAGAGAGCACAGCUGAUUCCUAUGUGGUUUGUACCACCGAUGUGUAAACCAAGUUUGUGUAAAUGCCACUGUUGUCGAUAGGAUUUUCAGUUUGUACAUGAAAUGUUUAAAAGAACAGGAUUUUGUUUGUAGAUGACAGGAUGCAAUAUGCAUUACUAACUUAUGUGAAUAUUUAAUGAUGUAUUUUUGGCCUGCUUAGACCUGGGCUGGCCCAGGCCUCAGUCAGGCGUUUGCUUUAGUUCAUAUUUUCCUUUCUUUGCCUUCAAUUCACAUGAUGUGAGUAUACGUUUGUUUCUACCCACAGAGAUGUCCCUAAUGUAUUUUUCAAAGAUGUUUACUUCUUGGGGGGAGGAGCCUGUGGCUCGUUUAUCGGUACACUCUCAUUUUGUAAUGGAAGUCAAACGUGUUUGUCCUGAGUGAAGAAUGGAAUCGUACUCUUUCUUUGCAUGAGUUCCUUUGUAUGUGAAUCAUUUGUCACUUGUGACUCAAUCGGAACAGGGCAACGUUUUCAUUGUACAGUUUUUUUUUGUGUGAACGUUAUGUCCUGUUUGUCAAAAUAAAGGUCCUGUAUGUGGAAAUGAGGCAA